AUGCAUAGAGCCGCGUGGGUCUUGUGUGUGUGUCUACUAUUCCUCUGGUUUUUGGGCGGCCGACUCAACCGUCAGAACGGGCAGCUAGGCCAGGCGCCAGCACCUGAGUCGGCCCCUGACGCGGGGGACACGCACCGCUUGUACACCGUGACCAAAGAUGGGGUCACCGAGGAAGACACAGGCGAGGCCGCAGAGGAAUACAGCGACAAGAUGUUCAAGGAAACGGUCGAGUUCUUCGACCUCGACAACUCGCUGGGAGCUCGGAGGAAGGGGCCGGACGGCGAGGACACGGACGUGGUGUUGUUCUUGAUGCCGCUCAGAAACGCAGAGCACGUGUUGCCCAUGGCCUUCCACAACCUCAUGAACCUCACGUACGACCACUCCUUGAUCGACAUUGCGUUCCUUGUGUCGGACUGCUCCCCGGGCGACACCACCUUGCAGACCGUCUUCGAUUUCUCCGUGGCGCUCCAGAACGGCACCUUGGCGGACGACAUGCUUUCUGCCGAGCAGGCCAAAAAGGACAGCAACGUCAAGGGGACGAACGAACUAUACCAGCUCUACAUGGACCAGGACUACAUGGACAAUGUGCACAGGGCAUACAACUCGCCCGAAAGCUACCACAAAGGCUACAGGACGCCGUUCCGCUCUGUGUCCAUCUACGUCAAAGACUUCGGGCAGGUGGUAGGCCAGGGCUUUUCUGACCGCCACGCGGUGAAGGUGCAAGGCAUCCGCAGAAAGCUCAUGGGCCGCGCACGCAACUGGCUCACCGCCAGCGCCCUACAGGCAGACCACUCGUGGGUGUACUGGCGUGACGUGGACAUCGAGACGUGUCCUGGGCUGGUGAUCCAGGACCUCAUGAAGUUCGACUAUGACGUCAUGGUGCCCAACAUCUGGCGCCCGCUUCCCACCUACUUGGGCGGGGAACAGCCCUACGACUUGAACUCGUGGAUAGAGUCCGAGCCCGCGCUCGAGUUGGCCAAGAAAUUGGAUGAGGAUGAUGUCAUCGUGGAAGGCUACGCGGAGUACCCCACCUACCGGGUGCACUUGGCAUACAUCCGUGAUUCUGAGGGUAAUCCUGACGAGGUCGUGGAUCUCGAUGGUGUCGGAGGUGUGUCGAUUCUUGCGAAGGCCAAAAUAUUCAGGCAAGGCGUGAAUUUCCCGGCCUUUACUCUCUGGAACCAUGCCGAGACCGAAGCGUUCGGUAAGUUAGCCAGGCGCAUGGGCUUCAAGGUCGGUGGCUUACCGCACUACACGAUCUGGCAUAUCUACGAGCCCAGCGAAGAUGACUUGAAGCACAUCGCGCAGCUCGAGCGCAAGAAGCGCAGGGAGAAGAAGCACUAG